CAGGGACCCUAUUGCUUCUCAGUCUUCGGUUUUUGGCACAUAUUUUUAAAUGGCUGAUCUGUUUGGAAGGAGUAAGAGUGUAAGGAGUAAGAGCAAGAGCAACGUAAUAGCAAUUCUUUCUUUUAGCAGGACCUGUCUAGUCCACCUUACUGCCCACACUAAAAACUUCCAUGUAGUACUUUGACAGAAACAAUAAAGCAGUUUUUCUUUCUCCCUUCCGCCACAAAAGAGGAGAAAAAUGGUAAGGCCACAAGAGAGUUGGGAAUUCUGUCAGUUAUCUUUCAAUGGAAUUUGAGCUACCCCAAUAGAGGGCUUAGGUACAUUAGAUUAUCUUAAGGAUUGGGGCAAAUCCCUAAAUCGGCUUGGCACUGGACUUUUUGAGUUUUAUAACACACUGACUCUCCACAGCACAGGGGGUAAUGGACUGAAGAAAGACUAAAACUUCCCCAGAACAUAUUACUUUGCAGAGGCUAUAAUGCUACAUUGUGGUUUACAGAUAAAUGGUUAAACUAUAAAUGUCAAAUAAGACCAGCACAGUGAACUUGAAUAUAGGCUUAGUUCUUUCUAAAUCAAGAUAGCAGUGAGUAAUGCACGAGAGAAACAGUAGCAAAUGGAAAAGCAACCUGGUUGCUACCCAGUUAACUCCAGAGAAAACUGGAGAUACUGAUCAGGGUGAAGAACCUGGAACAUGUAGGUCAGAUAUCCUGCUUAGUUUACAUUAAUUAGAAAAGCACCAAGAGAAGCUGGGUGCAGUGGCUCACACCUGUAAUUCCAGCACUUUGGGAAGCUGAGGUGGGUAGAUCACUUGAGGUCAGGAGUUCGAGACCAGCCUGGCCAGUGUGGUGAAACCCUGUCUCUACUAAAAAUACAAAAAUUAGCUGGGCACAGUGGUGGCACCUGUAGUCCCAGCUACUCGGGAGGCUGAGGAAGAAGAAUCACUUGAACCAGGCGGCAGAGUUUGCAGUGACCCGAGAAUGCACCAUUGCACUCCAGCCUGGGUGACAAAGCAAGACUCUGUCUCAAAAAAAAAAAAAAAAAAAAAAAAAAAAAAAAAAAAAAAAAAAAGCACCAACAGGUAAUAUCAUUAAUUAUCCUAGAGUUUUACAAAUUCCAUUAGAACUUAAAAUUUGUAACAAUAUCCUAAAGGCGACAAGAUGACAUGUUGCUCCAUGAAACUCUCUUUGCAGUUGUCCAACCCUGCUUUUCCGCAUGUUUUCAUGUGCUUAUCUGUCUCCAUACUAUCUUUUUGUGUUUAUCUUUACUUUUCUUGGUAUGAGCAAAUCUGUGAUGCUGUGUGUCCAUCUUGUCUAUCUCGCUUUCCCCCUUUCUUUUCCUUCCUAAUCUCCUACCUCUCUAACUUUAUACCCAAUCAUUUUGAACUCACACAUUUUCUAUUACAUGCUAUAUUUAUUGAAUAGUUUUAAGUUCUCAGUUCUCCACUUAAAACAGUGGAUGAAUAGAUCAUUUCAUCUUUUUCUACUUAAAUGAAACAAGUUCAUUUUUCAUGCAGGGGGCCACACCUGAUUUUUUUCCCACAAUUGGCAUAAGAAAAAAUAUUCCUCUCUCCUGAUUUAAAAACAUUCCUAUCUUAGGAAAUUCAUUAGAAAUGCUUUAAAUAAGUUCCAUGAACUGAAGUAAAAAAAUACUUCAGAUUCAUUCUUGAUUUACUUUCUCUGCCCACAUUUUCAAUCUGGAUUGAAUUCAGCCCUAUCCUCUCAAUUUAGUGCAUAAUUCGGCCAAGCAUUAAACUGAGAAGGGGAAGAAUGAGGUGGAGACCUAAAUUUCACAGCUGUAAUUCCAGACACGUCACAUCUCCUUUUAACCAUAUGCCUAUAUUGAGAGAAGGGUAUUAGAAGGGAACAGUUAUAGCUCCUGAAAAGGUCAGAUCUAUGAAUUUAGUAUGGACUACAGGCACAACAAUAGUCCCUAGAGUCAAAUCUUCUCUUGUGAAUGGUUUGAAAACAGAAGAAAAUUAUGGAGAAAGUCUUUGCAGUAGACAGACAAUUACUGCCCAAUCUUACCUGCAUCUGUCCAUAACGUUUGGACAAUUCUCCCUCAGGACAAUCUUAUUCUUCAUUCGGAGUUAGUUUUGAGUUUCCUGUAUCUCCUGUUCCCACUCAGAAUUAAAGAAUCUUAGAUUCUUCUGAAACCACCUGACCCAACUGUCUCAAUUUCUAAAUAAAAAUAUUGAUGAUAUGAUGGACUCAUUCAAAGUUAGGAAACCAGUUAGUGACAGAGCCUGAAAGAGAAUCUUACUCUUAUCCUAGGUGCUAUUUCACACUUCAUGAUGCCUUGCAAAGAUUAGAUAUACAAGAAUACAUAAGAAUUUCCACUAAAAGUCACACUGGAAAAAGCAACAUACAUCUUUGGGGAAACAUAGUCUGAAAUGACUGCACUCCACCAGUUAGUCAGUAUGGUAGCUAGCUACCUGGAAACCAGAGUCAAAUUAAAGGGUGGAUUAUCCAGGCAGCACUCAAAGCAUCCAUGUCUAAGGGGUGUUAACAAGACAGCACCCUUGUGUGAAUUAGAAAAAUAUCCUUUACCCAGGAAGGUGCAGCCCCUUGAGAAUAAGACAUCCCUUCCUCCAGGUGAAUGCGCCAGCACCUGUCUGCAGUGUGGCAAGUGGAGAGUGAGAUGGAUUUCACUCCCCAUUUUGCCCCUUGGGUGGGCAUCUUUGUGCAUUUACCAGAAAUCCUCUCUUGGAGACCAUAUGUGGGUGGGGGUCGCUUUGAUAAGCAACUUGAGGUGGGGUAGAGACAGCCAAGCAGCAGUAAAUGAUCACUAGCCUGCCUUCUUUGGAGGCUGACUCUUCUUAACUGAGUGGGGCACAAAGUUUGAGGUCAGAGGAGAGGCUGAAGGCUGCCCUGGAAGUCCUUCUAUGUCUCUACUGACCCUCAUUCUCCCAAGGGCCUAGGGUUCUGAAUUAGAGCAUGAGUUAUCACAGUGUAAAUUCUAUGGUUCCCCUGAAAACAGUCUACAGUGUCAGAGGUCAAAAAGUGCUCUGAUAUUUAUUCUGGAGGUGGCACUUCCAUUCUGAGAUAGUUCAAAUACUUCCUUUCUCUGCAUUGUCUAUGGAAAAAGUUGACUUUGCAGUCAACUGAUGAAUAUGAAUCUUGUAUUGUCUUAGCUGUGUGAUGACUUUGAACUCAUUCCCUUAAAGCUGCUGAGAUUCCUUUUCCUCAUCUGUAAAAUGGUCUUUGCUGUAAGGAUUAAAGGAGACAACACAUUGGCAAACAGAAGUGCAACUAAUGUGGCCAAUGGGAGGGGAAAGGGUGCUCUCCCAUCUUCCCUCCCACUCCAUCUCACUCCAGGUGCAGACAACCUACUGCUGGGAGCCUCUUGCUCUGUCUGUGCCACUACAAACCUUUAGCUCUCAGGGCCCAGAGGAACUGGGCACCAGAACAGCUGACUGAAAGGGAAGAGAGGAUGAUACCUGAGGUUUGAUUUGUCCUUUGGGUACCACAAUUCCCACAUUUUCUUUAGGUCCUGCUAAAUUGAAGUUUUCCCUGCUAAUGGGUGCCCCUGUAGACUCUAGAGUAUCUCUACUUAUUUACGAGUAGGAAGGCCGUCAGAGUGGUUAAGAAUGAGCAUUGUUAUUAGAGAGACCUAGGUUUGAAUCCUGGCUCUACUUUUUCACUUUUUGUGAAGUCCUGGGCAAAAGUCAGCCCCAGAUUUCCUUAACUAUAAAAUCGGGACAUUAGUUCUAGAUAGUUUCCUGAUACACUGAAAAAAACACUCAAUAAGCAUUAACAUUAUCAUUAGGGGGUCUGCUGGGUCAAGUGCUCCUGGGUUGCUCUUUAAAAAAUCUCUCACAGUGGCAGAAGGAGGAGACAAUGCCUGCCAGUCCCUGUGUCAGGUGACAGCCAGGGAAGGCAGGAGGUGGGGACUGGAAUUGGGACUUCUGGGCUGUAGUGGGCUAUGCCCCCGUGUUUGCACAAAGUUUGUUGUCAAUAGCGUGAGUUCUCCCGGAAUUGAGGAUUCUCAGAUUGCCCAAGGAGGGGGUAUCCGGGAUCAGAUGCAGAAAAUGAUUAUGACACAUCACUAUGAACAGAAAUGGUGAACUAAGGGUGAGGCAUGGAAUUGCGACCAUAUCACAGAAGAGAUGGAGGACACAAGUUUAUAAUAGUUACCAUAUCACUUAGAUUCAGGACGUGAAGGACUUUCUGGUCACACCUAUUCUUUCUUCCAGGACUUUUUGGAAGCCAGGGAUAGAAAACACAGUGAGUACACAUUAUACUCCCGAUGGCUGGGGCUAUAAAGUCUCUUCUGGGUGGUCCAGGAAGCAAGAUCAGAACACAUGCCGCUGCUAGCCCGAGGAUGAUGACAUGUAACUAUUAAAUUUUCAUGGGUUUGAGGUCAAGCAUCUUGUCUAGUAUCUUUUUUUCCCAUAAACAGUAGGUGCUCAAUAAACAAGCAUGACAGCAGGAGGGGAAAUGAGGAACAGGCAGGAUAAAUAAAAUACCCCUGAUGAGUUCCAGGCCUCUUAAUCUUGGUCCUUUCUCAAUCGGUAAAUAUCACAUAAGGGCUCAGCCGUUGUCCUGCCAACACCUCCAAAGCAUCUCCAUAAUCCGGAUGCUAAACCACCCAGUGUCCACCAGGGGUCCUGGGAUGAAGGGAGACGUGUUUCUUUCACGGUCAUCAUGAUCGAUUACUUCUUCCCUUCAAGUCCAGAGUCGCAGGGAGUGGACAUAAGGCCACCUCCAGACCUCUGCUUCCAAGGCUGGGGAGAGGCAAGGUCUCCAUUCGCCACCGUAACCAGCCUGGGAACAGGAAGGCUGGGGAAGGUGGGGGACUCCAUCAGCAAGGAAACCCUGGGGCUUCAUUCUCCUACAGGCAGUGCUGCGAGCGUGGCCAAACCGAGGCAGGGCGCUGGGGAAGGCGCGGGGCUCCGGCCUCGGUGGAAGGACGUGUCCCCGACGCAGAGGCCAGGCGGGCGGCCGGACGUGGGCGAGCGCGUAGCCGGCGUGCUCCUCCGUGCGCCCGGGCGGCGCGGGCGCGACCGGCGCUCCUGCAGAGGGAGCUGUGCGCCGGGGUUGGCGCACGCUCGGUGCCGCCCGCUCCCUCUUGCCGCCGCCGCUGGGCCCGCCCGCCGGGGAGGGGCUCCCGUCCACGCAGACAGCAGCUUCCUGCUUUCUGCACGUCGUCGCCGCCGCGCCGCCAGUCCGUUUGUGCUACCUCUGGCUGUGAGCCGGCCGCCGGCUGCCGCCGUCCGCCCUGCAACUGCCUGCGCCCCAGCCGCGCCUCGCGGCCAGCCCGGCUCGCUCAGGUCCGCUCCCGGAGCCCGCGCCCCUCCACGCUGCCCCCUGCCUGUCCCCGGUCAUGCUGUCCCUUCAGUACCCCGACGUGUACCGCGACGAGACCGCCGUACAGGAUUAUCAUGGCCAUAAAAUUUGUGACCCUUACGCCUGGCUUGAAGACCCCGACAGUGAACAGACAAAGGCCUUUGUGGAGGCCCAGAAUAAGAUUACUGUGCCAUUUCUUGAGCAGUGUCCCAUCAGAGGUUUAUACAAAGAGAGAAUGACUGAACUAUAUGAUUAUCCCAAGUAUAGUUGCCACUUCAAGAAAGGAAAACGGUAUUUUUAUUUUUACAAUACAGGUUUGCAGAACCAGCGAGUAUUAUAUGUACAGGAUUCCUUAGAGGGUGAGGCCAGAGUGUUCCUGGACCCCAACAUACUGUCUGACGAUGGCACAGUGGCACUCCGAGGUUACGCCUUCAGCGAAGAUGGUGAAUAUUUUGCCUAUGGUCUGAGUGCCAGUGGCUCAGACUGGGUGACAAUCAAGUUCAUGAAAGUUGAUGGUGCCAAAGAGCUUCCAGAUGUGCUUGAAAGAGUCAAGUUCAGCUGUAUGGCCUGGACCCAUGAUGGGAAGGGAAUGUUCUACAACUCAUACCCUCAACAGGAUGGAAAAAGUGAUGGCACAGAGACAUCCACCAAUCUCCACCAAAAGCUCUACUACCAUGUCUUGGGAACCGAUCAGUCAGAAGAUAUUUUGUGUGCUGAGUUUCCUGAUGAACCUAAAUGGAUGGGUGGAGCUGAGUUAUCUGAUGAUGGCCGCUAUGUCUUGUUAUCAAUAAGGGAAGGAUGUGAUCCAGUAAACCGACUCUGGUACUGUGACCUACAGCAGGAAUCCAGUGGCAUCGCGGGAAUCCUAAAGUGGGUAAAACUGAUCGACAACUUUGAAGGAGAAUAUGACUACGUGACCAAUGAGGGGACAGUGUUCACAUUCAAGACGAAUCGCCAGUCUCCCAACUAUCGCGUGAUCAACAUUGACUUCAGGGAUCCUGAAGAGUCUAAGUGGAAAGUACUUGUUCCUGAGCAUGAGAAAGAUGUCUUAGAAUGGAUAGCUUGUGUCAGGUCCAACUUCUUGGUCUUAUGCUACCUCCAUGACGUCAAGAACAUCCUGCAGCUCCACGACCUGACUACUGGUGCUCUCCUUAAGACCUUCCCGCUUGAGGUCGGCAGCAUCGUAGGGUACAGCGGUCAGAAGAAGGACACUGAAAUCUUCUAUCAGUUUACUUCCUUUUUAUCUCCAGGUAUUAUUUAUCACUGUGAUCUUACCAAAGAGGAACUGGAGCCAAGAGUUUUCCGAGAGGUGACCGUAAAAGGAAUCGACGCUUCUGAUUACCAGACAGUCCAGAUUUUCUACCCUAGCAAGGAUGGUACAAAGAUUCCAAUGUUCAUUGUGCAUAAAAAAGGCAUAAAAUUGGAUGGCUCUCAUCCCGCUUUCUUAUAUGGCUAUGGCGGCUUCAACAUAUCCAUCACACCCAACUACAGUGUUUCCAGGCUUAUUUUUGUGAGACACAUGGGUGGUAUCCUGGCAGUGGCCAACAUCAGAGGAGGUGGCGAAUAUGGAGAGACGUGGCAUAAAGGUGGUAUCUUGGCCAACAAACAAAACUGCUUUGAUGACUUCCAGUGUGCUGCUGAGUAUCUGAUCAAGGAAGGUUACACAUCUCCCAAGAGGCUGACUAUUAAUGGAGGUUCAAAUGGAGGCCUCUUAGUGGCUGCUUGUGCAAAUCAGAGACCUGACCUCUUUGGUUGUGUUAUUGCCCAAGUUGGAGUAAUGGAUAUGCUGAAGUUUCAUAAAUAUACCAUCGGCCACGCUUGGACCACUGAUUACGGGUGCUCGGACAGCAAACAACACUUUGAAUGGCUUGUCAAAUACUCUCCAUUGCAUAACGUGAAGUUACCAGAAGCAGAUGACAUCCAGUACCCGUCCAUGCUGCUCCUCACUGCUGACCAUGAUGACCGCGUGGUCCCGCUUCACUCCCUGAAGUUCAUUGCCACCCUUCAGUACAUCGUAGGCCGCAGCAGGAAGCAAAGCAACCCCCUGCUUAUCCAUGUAGACACCAAGGCGGGCCACGGGGCGGGGAAGCCCACAGCCAAAGUGAUAGAGGAAGUCUCAGACAUGUUUGCGUUCAUAGCGCGGUGCCUGAACAUCGACUGGAUUCCAUAAAGUUUCCUGCUUCCUCCUGACAGCGACAGAAAACCUCAAGGGCUUUCCCACGUUCAAACCGAGAAACCACUGGGCAUAAUGCUUCCCCACGGGAACAUUAUUCCUGCACUCACAGACUACAGUUGAACAGAACUGCCGUGGGAAUUUUAUCUUUUUUAGGCUUCUCCUUUUUAGCAAGCCCUUGGCGUUUCUUUUUCCACCCUGUCUAGGCACAUGUGGUUUUUUUUUGUUUUUUUUUUUUCUAAAAGGCAUGUUUGUUUGGAUAAAUAGCUAAAUGGCAACCAACACAUUGUGAAUAUUAGAUUGCUGAAUUAAGGAUCAUAGUCGGGCAUACUUAUCUAUAAUCCAUAACUUCUGUAUCUUUAAAUAAAUGUGAGAACUGUUCUCAUGGAGAAGACUUCUUUGCAACAAUAAUAAAUGUUAUUUAAGAAUGA